AUGCUCGGAAUCGGUGGUAGGAUAUCCGCCAUCGUGCCAAUUCUGGCUUCGGCUGUGGCCGUCGCUCUCUCAAUUGUUCUUUUGGCUGCUGGGAACAGCACAAGCAGCGGCAACUCCAAUUACUGGCUUUCGGUUAUGCAGGCGGCGAACACUUCGAAUGGAAAUGGAAAUGGCGGCGGCGGUGGUGGUGGUGGAGGUAUUAGCAUCCCGGGGCUUCCCACCCCUACCAUUCCUGGUAUCACCUCGCCGAGCGGCGGUGUUAACGAUCCCACGGGCAUUACUAGCGGCUUGAACGGCAUUCUAGGAGGACUUCUCGGAAACUUGACCAACCAACUAGGCAGCGGCAUCCAGGAUGUUGAGGGGCAGCUGAUGGGCAACCUGACGCAGGCGUUGGGUGUCAAGGACACCUACAACCUUUUCCUGACGAAGAUGUGCGAGGGCGACUACGCCAACGAGAAUGAUCCCAACACCAAGACCAACAUCAAGUCCUGCUUCAGUUAUGAUGACAAGGGACAAGGUCUCCGCAACAUUACAGAUUCGAUUCCGUCUUCAUUCGUCAUUGCUACAGCCAAUGUUUCAGUUCCUCUAAUUUCGGCGAUGAGAGGCACGAUCGAUCAGGUGGUAUCACUUGCUAGCACGGGAGCAAAAUUGUUGACGGCUCUGCUGGCUAUUGGUACCAUCUGCACAGGAAUCGUGUUACUUGCCACGCUGCCAAUUAUCAUCGUUGGCUUCAUGCGUGUGCUUGUUCUGACCUCCCUAGUCUUCUCCUUGCUGGGCGCUACAGUUCUACCACUCUUCGCCAUCAUCACGACCGGCAUUGUCGUGGGUGGCAAGAAGAUGCUCGAAAAGGAGGGCAGCGCUUUUGGCAUCCAGAUCAGGCAAGGAGGACCUUUCAUUGCCAUGGCCUGGGUUGCAGCUGUUGCAUCGAUGGCAGCGUCAACUUACUGGUUCAUGAUCUGGUUCGUCAGCUUCAGGCGAACGGCGUUCAGCCGCCGCAAGCGUACCGAGACUGAGAUCGGAAACUGGAGGGGUAUUUUCCGCGAGGUCAAGGGUGACUUGAAGACCUGGGAGGGUGGUGAGAAAUAA